GCGGCUCGAGCGAGGCGCUCGGGCUCGGGACGGGGGUUGUCAGUCAGAGUGUGGAGCGGCGCCUGAGGCGAGGGGCUUGUUGUGGCGCGGGAGCCCCGGCGAUUUGGGGCCUGCGGGCCGCCUCGGGGCGGACGAGGAACGUGGCAGGCGGCUGGGAGGGACUUGGAUUCAAGAUGGUCAUAAAAUGCAUUUGGUUGAUGCAGAUUCUAUGGACUCUCCUGAAUUCUUACUCCUUUGCAGAUGGACUUGUGGAUUUGUGUGGCCAAAUCACCCCAGAGUCUCCAAUAGUAACAAUUGGCUCCAAUUUCACAGCAAUAUGUGUUCUCAAUGACUCUUGUCGCAACCAUUAUGGCAACCUUCAUGCCAGCCAGAUAAUCUGGAAGACUAGAAACUUGAUCGUUCCUAAGGAACAAUAUAGCGUAAUAAAUCGUACUGCUUCUCAAGUAACAUUUAACAACACCUCUACAUUGGCUUCUCCUCUGACAUGCAACAUCUUAGUAGAAGGCUACAUUGAACAGAACAUCUAUGGAGUUCAAGUUCAGUUGGGCUUUCCCCCAGACAAGCCUAAGAAUGUUACUUGCAUUGUAAAUCAAAGAGGCAUGAGCAUAUACCGUCUGACAUGUACCUGGGAACCUGGAAGGAAUACUUUCCUGAACACCAACUAUUAUUUAAAACGUCGAUGGGCGAGUCAGAGUUUUCCUGACUGCAUUCCCAUUGGCAUAAACAACACUUGCACCGCUGGUGAUAAUAUUGAAUUUUUUGUCAGCCUAAAAGUGUGGGUGGAAGCUAAGAAUGACCUUGGGACGGAAGAAUCUGAAGGCAUGAUAUUUGAUCCUGUAACCUGUGUGAAACUUCUACCUCCACACAAAGUUUCAGUCAACGUUAGUGAACUUCCUACAGUCCUGAAACUGUCAUGGGAAGACUGGUUUGAUUCAGACUUAAAACUGGAACAUAACAUUCGGUACAAAGUUGCUGACAGUUUGGACUGGCUAGAGGUUCCUCCUGAAGACACAGCAACACGGAGAACUUCCUUCAUUCUCCAAGAUUUGAAGCCACAUACCAAGUAUGCUUUUCAAGUGCGUACUAAGAUUAAUGACCAGAUACAUUUACCACGGAGUGAAAACUGUCCAACUCGUUGGAGUGACUGGAGUAAAGAAGCAGUUGGGGUCACAGCUGAAGAUAAACCAUCGAAGGGGCCACCUUUGUGGAGAAAGAUCAUUUCUUCUCCUUCACCAGGAAACAGAACUGUGCUGCUCACCUGGCAGGAGUUGGAUCCUUCUGUGGCUAAUGGAAUAAUUUUGAGGUAUGAAGUAAACGUCACAGCAAAGCCGCCGCUCCCUAUGUCUGAGAUCUUCAGUUUGAACACCAACAAGCUGGUUCUUAGUGUGCAGAAUGGGACAUAUGAAGUACGAGUGACAGCAUAUAACAGUGUUGGGGCAUCUCCUACAUCACUCUUGGUUAUCCCAGCACCUAACUCAAAAGGCCUUUCAGCGCCUGUGAAAGAUGUUAAGGCAUUUCCUAAAGACGGCGAGCUCCGGGUGGAGUGGACAGUUGCCAAUGACUAUGCCAAUAAAUUCAUAGUUGAAUGGUGUGAACAGUGUGAUCCCUCGAGCUGCAGUUUUGAAUGGCAGCAAGAACCUGGAACUGCCAAAGGCUCAUUUUUAAGAGGAAAUAUAAAGCCAUUCAAAUGUUACUUGAUAACUGUGUAUCCAUUGUAUGGCAAUUGUCCAGGAGUUGGAAAAUCAACAGAGGUUUACCUUCAACAAGGUGAGCCUGCUAAGGGUCCCAGUGUUCGAACAAAGAAAGUUAGAAAAAAUGAAGCCAUUUUAGAAUGGGAGCAUCUUCCUGUGGCUGACCGGAAUGGAGUCAUCAUAUAUUAUGCUAUAUCUUAUAAACUGAUGAAUGGAAAUGAAACAGUUAUUAAUGUGAGCCCCAACACAACAGAAUAUACACUAUCUUCCUUAUCAAGUGACACUAUGUAUAUGAUCCAGAUGGAAGCAGUCACAAAUAAUGGAAGAAAACGUGGUCCUUCUGUCACGUUUACUACGCAGAAGUUUGGGGAAGGAGAAAUUGAAGCAAUAGUUGUCCCUGUGUGUCUAGCAUUUCUGCUAAUUACUCUCUUGGGAGUACUGUUCUGCUUCAACAAACGAGAAGUCAUCAAGAAGCAUAUCUGGCCCAAUGUGCCGGAUCCUUCCAAGAGUGUAAUUGCUCAGUGGUCACCUCAGACACCAUCUAAGCAUUUUAAUUCCAAAGAGCAAAUAUAUCCCGAAGGCAGCUUCACUGAUGUCAGUGUGGUCGAAAUUGAAGCAGAUGAUAAGAAAUCCUUUUCUGAACAGGAUCUGAAACCUUUUGACGUGCUUAAAAAGGAGAAAAAUGCCUCCGAGGGCCACAGUAGUGGUAUCGGGGGGUCCUCCUGCAUGUCUUCUCCUCGACAGAGCGUUUCAGACAGCGACGAAGGUGAACCUGCUCAAAACACUUCCAGCACCGUGCAGUAUUCAACCGUCGUACUCAACGGCUACAGAGACCAGAUCCCUUCAGUCCAGACCUUCUCCAGGUCUGAAUCUACCCAACCCCUGCUGGAUUCGGAGGAGCGGCUAGAAGAGCAUCAGGUAGUGGACAGUGGUGGAGGCUCAACCCCGAUGAAUCGCUAUUUCAAACAGAAUUGUAAUCAGGAGGAGCCCUUUGUUGAUGAGUCUCGUUUGGAAAAAGUAAAAUCAAUUUCUCCAAUAAAUGAAGAAGAUACUGCCGGACUUCAAGCCGCACAAACCUGUGGCUCCGCCCCAGAAAGAGAGGAACAGGAAGCUGCUUCAGCAGGUGCCUUCCACCCAAGCCCUGACGGACAAGCCCAGCAGUUUGAAACUUUGGGCAUGAAUGCAGGAACUGAAGACGAGAUGCCAAAAUGUUAUUUACCCCAGACUGUGAGGCAGGGCGGUUACAUGCCCCAGUGACUAAGAGAGACCGCCUUCUAGGCCACCAAUUAUAGCUCCUUUAUAUGAGUUAAAAGAAAUUAAUCUUGCUUCAGAGGAACCAUUCAGUUAACGGAAGGGAACUUGGACAUCCUGUCGUUUGGAAAUUUUCAAGUAGCUUUUCCCUUCAAGCACUACAACAAUUCAGUCAAAUUUUCUGAGAAAUCUGUGAUGCCUUUUUGGUCCUACAGUAUCCUGUUCCAUUUCAACGUGGAAUAGAGGAUCGCUUUCAUUUUGCCACAGGAGCAAAGGCAUAGAUACAGGCACUGGCUGUAAAUACCUUCUUUCUAUUAGAAUAUGAUGAAUGCUUUCCUUUUUGCUAGUUCAGGUCCUGCCUUUAAAAAGUGAAGGAAUUGCAAUAUUUUACCUUGAACAACCGUUAAAAAAAUUAGAGACCAAAACUUUGACUGUCUCUGGCUUGAGUUAGUUGGGGCUGCACAGAUUCCCAGAUUAACUGGGGAGAAAGGCUCCAUUUAUUCAAAGGCUUUCCCCAUCCCCACAUUUAUGUGCACACUUCUUCACAGGAAACCAUGGAAUUCAUUGCUGAAGAGUGUAGUGAUAACCACAAUUAUACAUUACUUUAUGAGGGUAUUAGACAAAUUCACGGAGGAGAGGUCUAUCAGUGGCAGUUAACCUAUGGAUUCUGAAGGGAACUUCCACAUUUGGACUCAAUUAAUGUCUGAAUGCCAGUGCUGGGAGGAAACAGAGGGGAUGUCCUUGGCUUCUAUGUCCUGUUGGCUAUACCAAGUAACUGGUUGACCACUAAAUGAUCCACGAUGCUAGACUACAUGAACCACUGGUCUUUACGUGCUCUUAUGUAAAGAUCUGCAACAGACUAAAAGCGCGAUCCUAUAGCAAGAGCUGAAUUGAGUUGUGGAGUCGGCAUGUGGCUGUGCCAACACGUUUGUCCCCUCUGCUGGAACCCUCCCACCAGUGGAGGGGGCAAAGGUGUUGGAGGCUGGCUGCCCCCAGCUCUGUAAAGGUGACACCUGGAAGUUGUGACCGCCAUGGAGCUGUGCUGGCAUCCAAUCAGUGUUGGGACAGGGCGUUCUCAGGGUGAAGCCGCAGUUAAGUCAGCUUCCACCCUGGCUUUGCAGGAAGGUACCCCGUGGCCUGGGGCUUGGACUUGCCCCACCCUUUAAAAUAUGUUUAGUUCUUACCAGGUUAAGCUCCAGUAAAAUAAAUAUUUAAAUUCAUAUUGUAUAAUGAACUUUUAUGAGGUAAUCAUUGUACUGCUAGUGUGAAAGCCUGCUGUUCUUUUACAAACUACCAGUGUUCUUUGCUGCCAUUUCUAGCUCAUUUUGAAAAAAAAAAGUAUCAUCGAAGGCUUUCGUGGUCUUAAUCGCUGUUGUUUGAUGUCUGGGCUGCAUGGCUGUGGUCUGGUAGCUUUUGCUCCUGAUGUUAUGCCCGCAUCUUUGGCUGGUCACAAAGCCACAGCACUUUACAGGGGAGAUGCUCUGUCCCUCCUGCCUGCAGCUUUUUGCUUCAUGACAAAAUCUUUCCUGAAAACAUUUCUUGCAGUCCUAUCUGUUUUCAUCAUGAAAUCACCCAGGACAGUUCGGUUCCUGUAAGCUGACUUGAAUCUAAUUGGUUUUGUAUUGCAUUAUAGCAUUAAUAAGUUGAUACUCUGAUUCCGAAAAAAAACCCCAAAAACACUACAGCUGUUUUAAAGAAAAAUAAAGGUUCCUUUUGAUUAUUC